UUUCCAGAAUUAAAAAAAAAAUAAGAAAAAUAAAAAAGAAAGAUCUUUUUUUGUGUGUGUGCUCGUCUUCCUCAACUACAUGGACAACACGCAGAGAAGAGACCUCCUCCGCCGAGCCCUAUCACCGUGAAAAUACUUUACCACGAACGAACUCAAAAACUGUUUUUUCUUUCUUCUUCACAUUUCUCUUUCUUUCCCAAUUUACAAAGAAUCUCAAUACUUCGGGACAAAGCAAAAAGCUUUCUCCUUUUUUGGGAAUCUGUUAUUUUCCCCGGAGAAAAAAGAAAAACCCAAUCUUUGCAUGCUCUUAUUAAGACUCUGAAAUGCAAUCAACGCAUCGGAUUUUGUCUCGCCUCCUUCAUUCUCCAGGAAAAGGUUAUUACAGCAGAGCAAGAAGUGUCGGCGGCUCACUUCACUUCUUCUCGUUGUUCGACGAGAAGAAGCACGAUGGGUUCGUUGUAGAUACUCAUCGGAGUUUUACUUCUCUUAUCCGUUCAAAUCCUCAAUUAAGAGGGUUUCUCUCCACCAAUUGUUCAGACAAAGGUCUUGUUGGUGUGCGAUGUUCUGUUUCUCUCGAUACGGAUACUCCUUUGAUUGAUUCCUACUCCUCUCACCGGAGUUUCUUCACUCGGGCGAAACAAGUGAAGAGAAUUGAGAUAAGUGAUCAACACAGUCAAAGAGCUGUCACUACUGCACUAUGGUGCAACUUCCUCGUGUUUUCGCUCAAGUUUGGGGUUUGGUGGACAAGUUCUAGCCAUGUCAUAAUGGCUGAAGUAGUUCACUCCGUCGCUGAUUUCGCUAACCAGGCACUUCUUGCUUAUGGGCUCAGUAGCUCAAGGCGUGCGCCAGAUGCUCUUCAUCCCUAUGGUUACUCAAAAGAAAGAUUUGUAUGGUCCUUGAUAUCUGCUGUUGGCAUCUUUUGCCUUGGGUCUGGUGCUACCAUAGUCAAUGGAGUGCAGAACUUGUGGACUUCUUCGCCACCUCCGAAUAUGGAAUAUGCUGCUUUGGUAAUUGGUGGUUCUUUUGUAAUUGAAGGUGCUUCGCUUCUUGUUGCGAUUCAGUCUGUUAAAAAAGGAGCUGCUCAAGAAGGCAUGACCAUAAGAGACUAUAUAUGGCGUGGUCAUGAUCCUACUUCUGUUGCUGUUAUGACUGAGGAUGGCGCUGCAGUGGCAGGUUUAGCAAUUGCUGCUGCAUCUCUUGUUGCUGUUAGGAUGACAGGAAAUCCUAUUUAUGAUCCUAUAGGGUCAAUUGUAGUUGGAAAUUUACUUGGAAUGGUUGCUAUAUUUCUCAUUCAACGAAACCGACAUGCCUUGAUUGGAAGAGCAAUGGAUGAUCAAGACAUGAGUAAAGUUCUUAAGUUUUUAAGGAAUGACACGGUUGUAGAUGCCUUAUAUGAUUGCAAAAGUGAAGUGAUUGGUCCUGGAUCCUUCAGAUUUAAAGCUGAAAUAGAUUUCAACGGGCAGAUGGUUGUUCAAAACUAUCUGAAGAGAACUGGGCGUGAAGAGUGGGCCAAACUGUUCCGGGAGGCCGCAAAGAAAGGAGAUGAUUCUGCAAUGCUCAAGAUUAUGUCAAACUACGGUGAGGAAGUUGUCACGGCUUUAGGAAGCGAAGUAGACCGGUUAGAGAAAGAGAUCCAAGAGCUUGUCCCUGGAAUCCAGCAUGUUGACAUCGAAGCACACAAUCCUACAGACCCAUCUUUAUGAUCUGAAGAAACUCGCUUUAUUCAAGGUCGGAUUAUCGAUACAUUCUGAUGUUCUCCAUUCUCUUGGCCUCAAGAAAUGGAAGCCACACGUUUGGUUGUGGUAAAAGCAUGGCCUCAUGAAGAUAUAGUGUUGCCAGGUGUGUGAUUGGGCCAACUUUGCUGAUGGCUUCUUCCCUCUUAUCUUGUUUUUGGUGUAGAAGACUUGGAAGACACAUGAGUGUUGACUUUAUCUUCUAUGCUCACAAAAAAAAAAAAAGCUUGUGGCUUGUAGAAACAUUGAGUUGUGAUUCAGAUCAAUAUUAUUUUAUAUAUACACAAAAUUAAUGUUUUAGUACUU